AAUUUCAAUCAUUUGUCUAUUUUAUUUGCUACAAGUGUUUUGGUUGCCCAAGGGGUGAACUUAUGGCCUUAUGGCCAAGCGUAAAAUAUAGAUCGCGGCAGUCGCUAAGUGAAUGUCCCACAUAAUUGAUAAGACAGAUCAAAAGCCGUUCGGCCAUAUGCAGGCCAGAUUACGGCCAACCUCGUUGCAUAGAUUUAAAUACUGUCUGUUGAGUUGAAUUUCAUUCAAGAAUCGACGCCGGAAUCAAUUCAAAACAACUUUCAGUUGCAAAUAUGAAGCGAGUCGUUGUGGUGGGAGCUGGAACAGCAGGCCUGUGUGCCGCCCGGCGUGCGCUCGAAAAUGGCUAUUCGGUAACAAUUUACGAACAAAACAAUGAGAUUGGUGGCACUUGGGUGUAUACGGAUCAAGUGGGCACCAAUGAGUAUGGCAUCGAGGUGCAUAGCAGCAUGUAUCAGGGUCUAAGGACAAAUCUACCCAAAGAAGUUAUGGGCUAUCCGGAUUUUCAAAUAGACGGUUACGAAGAGUCGUAUGUUCCCUCGAAGGCGAUUGAAAACUUUUGGGCGAUUUUUUGUGAAAAAUAUCAAUUGCAGAAAUAUAUCAACUUUUUGCAUUAUGUCAUAAGGAUAAUGCCAAGGAUAAUCAAUGGCAAGGUUGUUGUCAAGAAUCUUAAAACUGGUGUUGUUGAUUUCCUCAUGUACGAUUACGUUAUGAUAUGCAAUGGCCAUUAUCAUACACCACUUUAUCCCUCCAUCAAAGGUUCAGAAACAUUUCAAGGUCAACAAAUACAUAGUCAUGAUUACAAGAAUGCGGAACGAUUUCGUGGUAAGUCUGUUCUCAUUAUUGGAGCUGGUCCCAGUGGCAUGGAUUUGUGUCAUGAAAUAUCGAAAGUGGCGAAACGUUGUUACGCUAAGCCUCAUAUGCCGGGAAACGCCAAAAACCAAAUUUCGUUCAAAUGUCAAUCAAAACCCGACGUAUCCUAUAUUAAGGGUUCCACUGUGGUGUCACCACAACGAAAAAGAAACUAUAGCAUUAUUCUAUUGUACGGUUAUAAAUAUUCAUUUCCAUUUUUAUCCUCAAACUGCGGAAAUGUUGAUGACAAUUGGGUGCGGCCACUGUACAAAACAUGCAUUAAUAUUGAAUAUCCUACAAUGAGUUUAAUUGGAAUACCCUAUUAUGUGUGUGCCGCUCAAAUGAUGGAUUUACAGUCGCGAUUUACGAUGGCAUUUUGGAAGGGUAACAAAGAACUGCCAAGCAAAGAGGAAAUGUUAGAGGAUACGGCGAAGGAAAUGCAAAGACGUUUUGCCAAGGGCUAUAAGAAACGUCAGGCCCAUAUGAUG